CCGACGGAACCGCGCCUGUCCCCGCCCGGCCCAAAGGCAUUUCCUUUUCGCGGCGCGCCCGGUCACCCCUGACGUGGGGCUCGCGAUUCCUCGCUCGGUGCCUAUUCCGCGGUGGCCACCGGCAGUGGGCAGCCCCACUCCGGGAUUGGAUCCCGGUCGCCGCCAAUAAUUCGCCCGGUCCGGUCCGGCCGGCGCCGUUGUUCGUGCGGCUAGGCUACCCGCCGGCCUGGAUCCCAGCGUCUAUCGCGAAGCGUGGCCACAUGCGCGCGCAUAUAUUAUCUGCCACUUUGCUCGGCUCGGAUUCGUUCCAACCGGAGAUCUUCGCUGUUGUGACCUCCGAGAUGAUCGGCAGCUGCUAACAAUGGCUUUAUUUCAGGCGCUGCAGCUCGGGGUUGGCGUUUAACUCAAGCUCCGGCUACUGAAACAAGAAUCUAGCGAAAGUGGAAAGGGUUUCGACGACUCCGCGAGGAUGCUGCCCUACUUCGAUCCGGAGUACGAGAACUUCAACCAGCGCAUCAACCCUCCAAGGGUGUGCAUCGACAACACCACUUGCAGUGACUGCACCUUGGUGAAGGUAGGAGGCGUUCCCGAUCUCUUCUGCUGCACUGACAGAUCACGUUGACAGCAUGAACAAGAAUGGCAUUCUGCUGGAGGUGCUGCAGGUCCUCAGUGACCUCGACCUCCACAUCUUCAAGGCCUACAUCACCUCCGAUGGCGGGUGGUUCAUGGACGUGUUUCAUGUCGUCGAUAAGCAAGGACAGAAGGUUACUGAUGACAAGACCAUCAAGUACAUUGAGAAGGCUUUAGGUCCAGAGAGCAAUCUGCUGGGCGCAAAAGGCAGCAACUCGCCGGGGAGAUCUGUCGGCCUGCACUCCAUCGGCGACCACACCGCCAUCGAGCUCAAGGGCCCCGACCGUACGGGCCUCCUCUCGGAGAUCUUCGCCGUGCUCGCCGACCUCCAGUGCAACGUGCUGGCCGCCGAGGUGUGGACGCACCGGAUGCGCGUCGCCUGCGUGGUGUACGUGAACGACGUGGCCACGGGGCAGGCCAUCGACGACCCCAGCCGCGUGUCGCGGAUCGAGACCCGGCUGCGGCAAGUGCUCCGCGGCUACGGCCACGGCGGCGGCGGCGGCGGCGGUGACGACGGCUGCCGGGGCGCGCUCGCCAGCUUCGCGGUCGGGUCGGCGCCGCACCACGUGGACCGGCGGCUGCACCAGCUCAUGCACGCCGACGUGGACGCGGACGGCGACGGCGGCGACGGCGCGCCGGCGACCGGUGGCGGCGAGGGCGGCAGCCGGCCGGUAGUGACGGUGGAGCACUGCGAGGAGAAGUCCUACUCGGUGGUGAACGUCCGGUGCCGCGACCGGUCCAAGCUGCUGUUCGACAUCGUGUGCACGCUCACGGACAUGCAGUACGUCGUGUUCCACGCCGCCGUCUCGUCGGAGGCCAACUUCGGCAUCCAGGAGCUCUACAUCCGCCGCAAGGACGGCAAAACGCUUCAGAGAGACGAAGCGGAGAGGGUGAUCAGGUGCCUCGAAGCGGCCAUCUCCAGACGAGUGUCCGAGGGCUUCACGCUGGAGCUGUGCGGCAGGGACCGGGUGGGCCUGCUGUCGGACGUGACGAGGGUGCUCCGGGAGCACGGGCUGACGGUGACCCGCGCCGACGUGACGACGGUGGGCGGGCAGGCCACCAACGUGUUCUACGUGCGCAACCCCUCCGGGCAGCCGGUGGACAUGAAGACCAUCGAGGGGCUCCGGGGGCGGGUCGGCCAGACCGUCAUGCUCAACGCCAGGAGCGUCCCCGCCGCUGUCGCCAGGGCGCCGGAGCCGGGAUCCGGCGGCAUGGCCAGGACCAGCUUCUUCUCCUUCGGCAGCCUCUUCGCCAAGCUCCGGGCCUGAUCAAAGUGAUUCCGGUGCCGGCUCCAGUUGUGUAAUUGGUGUAGGGGUGAACUGAGAACUAGAGUAGUAGUGGAGGGGGAGGGGGAGGGGGAGGGAGAGGCAGAGCAACUGUAUGUGGCAGCUGUGGUUGUAUAGUUCAUAAGGAGCCUCUACCAGACUCUGCAAUGCAGGCUGCAGACUGCUUUGUUGAGGUGCGUCAGCGCAUUGGGCAACCUGAUCAUCUGAUCUGCAUCGUUUUGCAUCCAACAUCAUGUAACCUGUUCAGCUUGUCUCUGAUUGAUCAACCCCUCAGCUAGCUGGACAUUUCAGCAUUUCGCUC